GCCCGCCGGCCACCGCCCGGCCAUGGGUACGGUACCGUCGGCGCUGAAGCACUGCCUCAGCUAUCAGCACCUCCUCAAGGAGCAGCUGUGGAUCGGGGAGCCGACCGCGCCUCCUCAUCCCGGGCAGGAAUCCCAAGUAUCUGGACUGCCGGAGUACAUAAAGAUUGUAGAAGUUGGGCCAAGGGAUGGUUUACAAAAUGAAAAGGUGAUUGUCCCAACUGAUACCAAAAUAGAGUUAAUCAACCGGCUUUCUAAAACAGGCCUUCCAGUAAUAGAAGUGACCAGUUUCGUUUCAUCCAAAUGGGUGCCUCAGAUGGCAGAUCACAAAGAAGUAAUGAGAGGCAUUGAGCGGCAUCCCGGAGUCCAAUAUCCUGUUCUCACGCCUAAUCUUAAAGGUUUUCAUUCAGCUAUUGCAGCAGGGGCUACAGAGGUUUCAGUAUUUGGUGCAGCAUCUGAAUCUUUUAGCAAAAUGAAUAUUAAUUGUUCUAUUGAAGAGAGCAUAGAAAAAUUUGAAGAAGUUGCUAAGUCAGCAAGAAAUAUGAAUAUUCCAGUGCGUGGGUAUGUUUCUUGUGCAUUGGGAUGCCCAUAUGAAGGAGACAUCACACCAGCUAAAGUGGCUGAAGUGUCUAAACGUCUGUACAGUAUGGGCUGUUAUGAAAUCUCUUUGGGGGACACAAUUGGUGUGGGGACUCCUGGAAGUAUGAAAAGAAUGUUGGAAGCUGUUAUGAAGGAAAUCCCUCUGAAUGCCCUUGCUGUUCACUGCCAUGAUACAUAUGGGCAGGCGCUAGCCAAUAUCCUCACAGCCAUACAGAUGGGAGUUGCUGUAGUGGAUUCAUCUGUUGCAGGUUUGGGUGGCUGUCCCUAUGCAAAAGGUGCUACUGGAAAUGUGGCCACAGAGGAUGUUGUAUAUAUGCUUAAUGGUCUGGGGAUCAAUACAGGAGUCAAUCUUUAUACCGUGAUGGAAGCUGGAAACUUCAUCUGUACAGCUUUGAACAAGAAAACAAAUUCAAAGGUUGCACAAGCUUCCUUCAAUUCUAGAACUAUCAAGUAAACGGAUUUUCUUUGCAAUUACAUUUGUCAUCUACCUUGACCAAGGACACAUAUAUCAAGAAACCAAAUAUAAGAAAACCAUUUCAGCAAAGAACUAAAAUAGAAACCAGAUAUAACUUUCUGUUAUGGAAAGAGUUUCCAUACUGUAGCGUCUUGUUGAAAAUUGUCUUAUAAAUAAGUAUGAAAUAAAUGACUGUCAUAAAGAAUGAUAUGUUUGGUACUUACACAGGUGAGAAAACUGUAUAAACAGCAGGUCAUUUUAUCAUGCUUUAAGUUGAAUUUUGUUUUUUGAGUUUUUUUCGGUUGAACUGGUUGGAAACAGUGAAUACAUAGUUAACUUUUAAUCAAGAUGACUUUUAGAGCAAUACAAAUAUUUGCAGUAGUUAAUGAGAUCCCACAAUGUGUGUGGCCAUUCUCUUAUGUGUUUUAUUUAUCUGAGUCUAUAUUUUUCGUUUGUCAACUCAGUUCUGUUAUGAACACAGAUCCAGAUCAAAAUUCACCGUAAGAAAUUUUUAGAUACAGCACUUUUGUUAUUGUGUUUUGUUUAACAUCUGUUAAAUAUAUGGAUGACUUUAUCUUGUUCCAAGACUUUAUGGUUAAUGGCAGCCUUCCAGAUCCUCCAAAUCUGAUGCAAAUUUUCUUAUUUGCUACAUAUGUUAAAUUUGUUGUAGUUGCUUUUUUUUUUUUUUUUUUUUUUUUUGUCAACUGUGUUAAAACCUAAUUAUAUUAAGCAAUUAGAAACUGGCAAGAUUUUCAACUGUCAUUCAGGGUAGUAGUAAUAUAGAAUGGGCAAAAAUUUUGUCCAUGGUCUCAUUAAACAACUGGACUUUUUCUUCUGUAUUCUAUGAGUUGACAUUUUCCAUUAAUUUCUGAGGAUAUUACUACUCAGUUGGACUUGCUUACACAGUGAGAAGCAUCUGUAAUAUUUCUCUGUGCUCUUGUGAUGGUGAUACUUUACUGUUAAGAUGUCCUAGUUCAGCAAGAUGCUAGUGAACUGCUUUGUCAUUUUUAGAUCUAUAACUGACAAAAGCAAAGAAAAGCCUUAUAUCUAUAAACUGUUG